GGAGGAGGGAAGGCACGCUCCUGGAGCGGGGCCCGCCGCGCUCAGGGGCGACGUUAAGGUUUUCAACGAGAUGCGCGAGGCCUUCGAGGUGCUGGGGGACAACGAGCAGCGGAGGUACUACAUCGAGGGCGGCAUGCAGCUCGUGAAGAACGUGGAGAACUCCUGGAAGGAGGUGGAGGGCCAGAAGUCGCAGCUCGACGCCCAGCUCAACAAGGUGCCGAAGAACCACCCGCAGCGCCGGCAGUUCGAGAUGCAGAUCGAGCAGCAGAAGAAGCAGUUCGAGAAGGGCAACAUGAAGCGCGAGAUCGAGAAGAAACUUCGGAACGACGAUCUCGAGGUGAACGUGCCCAUCUCCGCGGAGGAGCUGUACAGCGGCGUGCAGACGAAGUCCUUCGAGUUCAAGCGCCUCGUCAUCUGCCGCGGUUGCCGCGCGGACCCUGACACGCCGCGCCCCGCGCCCGCCCGCCCGCCGGCCGAACGAUUGUGACGACGACGCCGCCGCCGACGCCACCGACGCCGCGCGCGACGGCGACGAAGGCGCCGCGCCCGACGACGCCGACGAUGUCGGGACGGCGUGGCCCGCGGGAGGUCUGGGGCGCCCUCUGCGCGGGCGGCCGCCGCGCGAGCGCUCCGCAGGUGACCAGGGAAAAUGACUGGGACUAUGGGCCUGUUUUCCACCACCGC